AUGUCUCGGACACAGCUAGCCUUUACAGUCGAUGAGAAGCUCAUCGCCGAAAGAGAGCCACACCUCUAUAUACAGCCGUCCAAGUCAGUCUCAACUUUCCAAGAAACAAAAUCCAACACAGAUAGCAUUAUCACCGCAGCCGGCUUUGCGGGGUACUACGAUAAUGUUCACGAGCAGCAGAAAAGGCUCAUUACCCUGUUAAUCAUCAAAGCAUUUCAGAAGCUGCGAUGUGACGUGGGUAGAACAAAGCCUGGUCAGAAGUUGAAGCCGAUCAAAGCUGUGACAAAUGUUCAAAAACAACUCGAAUUCUGUCUGGGUAUGCUUAUAGAAGCCGGUCUCAUUCGACAUGAAGGAGACCAUUACAUCCGAACCGAUAAGCCCCUACCACCAAAUAAUGAAAAGGAAGCACUUCAGCAGAUACUCGAAGAUUUUCCGGCGUAUACAUCUUUGAACAAAUUGAUAUAUCAUGCCGGAAAAAGUCUGGCUGAAAUAUAUGCUGGUCGCACAGAUGGUGUCAGAUCUAUCUUUGGAACGCCAGAAGGUCGAGAGUAUCUCGAAGAUAUCUAUGGUGUAGCGCACCCCAGCAAGGCGUUUCAUAAUGUUAUGGAAGACUUCUUGCAUCGCUUUACUGGAGGAGACAUGGUGCCUUUUGGAGCGAAGUUGAAAAUCCUCGAGUUGGGUGCCGGAACAGGUGGUACAACGAAAUGGUUAGCACCACUACUCGCAAGAUCGGGCAUAUCCGUUGAGUAUACCUUCACGGAUAUUGCUCCGGGCUUCACAGCCCAGGCAGCACGGAGAUUCAAAGAGUACCCUUUCAUGACGUACAGGACACACGAUAUCGAAAAGCCGCCUCCAGCGGACUUGGUGGGGACUCAACAUAUUGUAAUUGCCGUAAAUGCAGUGCAUGCUACGCCAAAUAUCGUCAAAUCACUCCAUAAUAUGCAUCAAUUUCUACUACCAGAAGGAUUUGCGCUUGUCAUGGAGGUACAGGAGCGCUUAUGUUGGGCCGACUUUGUCUUUGGGCUGUUCGAAGGUUGGUGGUUGUUCAACGAUAAACGCACCCAUGCUACAGCGGAUGAAAUGGUGUGGAAAGAUGCUUUCAAGGCUGCAGGCUUCUCUCAAAUAGAUUACACCGAUGGAGAUUUGAGGGAUUCGAGACUUCAGAGAGUCUUUUUGGCGACUGCCUCAAGCUAA